AUGUAUGAUCAGAAUAAGUUUUGUUCCAGUUACUGGAGCAAACUGUGCUCCACACAAGAGUUCUUCCUGGUGACCCGCGCUCUGUCGCAGCUCGCCCUCAGACUGGAGGCGCUGCUGCCUGCUGUGGAGAGCCAGGUCCGCUCCCCUCUGCUGCGGGGCCUCCUCCUCCACACCCCCCAGCUGCUGUCCCCCGCCCACAGCGCUGUCAGAGUGCUCAACGAACAAGCUGCCAAAUCCGGGAACAAAACCGAGCUGUUCUCAGACUUGUCGUGCUUCCCGCUGCUGCAGGAGCGGAAAGCGCAGAUCCAGGCCGUGCUCGCCAACGUCCACGCUCACAUCCACGACGUACGCGGGCUGCUGAAAAACCCGAACCUGAGCUUUAAGACCGUGUCGGGGCUGGAGUUUCUAAUUGAAGUGAGGAAUUCUCAAGUUUCUUCAAUUCCUCAAGACUGGACAAUAGUCAGCAGCACCAAGACCGCGGUCCGAUACCACUCUCCGUUCCUCGUGGAGCAGUGUAAGAAGCUCCAGCAGCUCCGCGAGCAGCUGCAGAUGGACUGCCAGAGGGAAUGGAUCCAAUUCCUGGACGAGUUUGGGGAGCACUAUCACACGAUUAAAGGAGCUAUUAGUCGCCUAGCAACCAUGGACUGCCUCUUCUCAUUGGCCGAGGUGGCGAAGCAGGGGGACUAUUGCAGGCCUGUAGUGAGCAUCAGCGAGCAGCAGAUCAUGAUCCGUGAUGGGAGACAUCCCAUCAUCCACCUGCUGAUGGGGGAGCAGAGCCAAGCGACGGCCGGAGAGCCAUGA